AUGGAAAACACUAUUGAUCCAAUGGAUGGGGAAACCUUCUCACCCAUUAAGUUAGAAGAUGCCAUUAUUCAUCACACACACAUGCAAUUACCACAGCUUAGUCCUGGGUCAUUGUUAGGGAAACAUCCUCAUGGACUUUCCGCCAAAAAACAAAGUAGAAAAGAUGAUGAAUCUCCACAAACAUUAAAUUCUACUCCUUCCACCAGAUUGAAUAUGAAUCCAAUGGCUUCACCUAAAGGAAAGUUAAAUGAUGUUAAUAAUGAAGAUUUCAAUAAGAGGAGCUCCUUAGAUAAGGAAAAUACCUUCGAUAGUAUUAACAAAUACUUUAUCAGUUCACCUCAAUUCGAUACAUCACCUUUCAACAAAAAAAGAAGUUUGGAUGAAGAGAAACCAACUCCUGUCAAAUAUGUUAAGACAAAUGCCAAUGAAAGUUCUGUGGUUCAUUUACCCCCAUUGGAACCCAAGCUUACCAAGAGAUCUCCUCUUAUCAAUGUCACAGAUAUGAAUUCAAGUAUUGAUAGAGUUUAUAGUGAUGAUGAACAACCAGAUAAUGACAACAUCAUUGAUGAACCAACAGUCAAUUUCAGAGUAGAUACCGAUCAAAUACCUGUUUACACCCAUGCUAAAAUGGAGGAAAUCAAAAGUGGUUUAGAUAAACAAAUUGAUGAUCUUAGAAUUGAAUUGAAACACAAAAACCAGGAUUUUGAAGAUUUGAAAACACAAAUGAAUGCUAAAGACUCUGAAAUAUCAAGGUUGAAGUCCAAUGUUGAAGAUUUAGAGUUCCAAAUCAACAGAUUGAAAAGUGUUAAAGAUUCAUUGGAAACAAGAUUAAAUGUUAAUUGUAAUGAUAAUGCUAAACUUUCCAAGAAACUUGCUGUCAAAGAUAAAAACUUAGAGUUGGCUCAAGUGGAAAUCAAAGAGUUACAACAAAAAAUCGAAGAUUUAAAUGGAGACAUUUUAGAACAAAGUGAAUUCAAUAAAUUCAAACAUUCAACUAUUGAUGAAUUGGAAAAGACAAGAUUACAUCAACAAGAUGAAUAUCAAGUCAUUAAUGAUGAGAAGGAAAGUAUUGAACAAGAGAAACAGAAAUUGGAUGAGAUUAGAAUCAAAUUAAAUGAUUUCGAAAAGGAUGUUAAUGAUAAGGAUCAAAAAAUUGAAGAAGAUAGAAUGAAUCUUCAUAAAGAAAAGGAGCAGUUAAGGGAAAGUAAAGAAGAAUUUGAAGCAGAGAAAAAGAAAUUUGAAGAUAUGAUGGUAAAAGAGAAUGAAGUCGUUGAAGAAAAGAAACGAGUAUUGGAAGAACAAUUUCAACAAUUUGAAGAGAAUAAGAAGAUAUUUGAAGAAGAGAAUAAGAAACUUGUCAUGGAAAGAACCGAAUUGUUGCAAGAUCUUCAGAAAAUGGAGAAACAAGCAGAAGAAGAUUUCAAAGAUUUGGAUUUGAAAAAAGAUGAAUUCACUAAACAACAAGAAACCUUCGCUGACGAACAAGAGCAGUAUUUCAAAGAAAAAGAUCAGUUCAUCAAACAGAAACAACAAUUUGAGACUGAUCAACAACAAUUACUUCAACAACAACAAGAAUUCAAAAUCAAUGAGAAUGAAGUAAAUGAACUUAAACAGAAAUUAGCCCAAGAUAAAGAAGUUUUACAGUACCAACAACAAACUCUCCAAGAAGAGAAAGAACAACUCGAAAAGCAAAAAGAUCAAGAAACUUCUAAUGAAAGUGAAUUCCAAAAAAUCAUCGAUAGUCAAGAAGAUACUAUCAAUAAAUUUGAACAACAGAAAAAUCUUUAUGAAGAAAGAAUAAAGGGAUUGGAACAAGAGCUUCAAUCUAAAGUCACACACGAUGAAAUCAACAAAGAAGUUGAAGAAGAAGUGAGGAAGUUAACCAUUGAAUUGGAUUCAAAGAAUAAAGAAGUUGAAACUCUCAAAAGACAAAAUGAAAGUAAAGUCAUUGAAUUGAAAGAGAAAAUCGAAUUCUUGAAGGCAGACCGUGAUAGAAGAAUAGAGGGUAUCUCCAACCAUUUGUUCAAAGAAUAUAGUAAGAAGCAUUCCAAUAAAGUAGAGAUUUUAAAACAUAAGUACAAAUCAGCCGUGGAUAAAAUUCAAAUUGAAAAGAGGCACCUUGAAAUUGAACUUGAAGAUUUGAAAUCUCGACUUAAUUCACCUAAAAAUUCACCUAUGAAUUCAAGAAGGUAA